CUGAUGACAGAGGAUCUGUUGUCUGGUAAUGGCACACACAAUAGGCCUUUUCCUUUCCGAAAAUAAUUCGGAAGACUGGCGUAUGCUACACCAUGUCCUUUAACUAAGAAAUGCAACCCUCAACGUUUGUUUAGGUGUAGACGUAACAAGGCACACUCAAACGCACGCGCUCCUUUCACGUAAGCUCGCGGAUAUUUAGAGGAAUAAAGACUGAAGGCAUGAAACUGACCGGAGUCCACAGCGUUCCUUGGGACCAUGAGAGGUUUGCAGAGGGGAGUUAAAGAAUGCAAGCCUCACAGUGACCAGUGUUGGCGGGAUCCCUGAACUGUCACCAUGAAAGCAGGGAAUUCAAGAUGUGCUUUCUUCCUGGGCUUCCUGGUGGGCAGCUGCUCCAUGUACAUCUUUUUGAGACAGGUGUGGUUUGAGAAGAGCUACAGCUGGAAGCGUGAUGGCAAGAGCAACCCUGCUCCACUGGGACCAGAACAAAACACCCCCAACCUUACCUGGAGAGUGGAAGGAUCUGUCCUAAUCAACCUCAAACAUCCUCACCAGCCAGGAGAGGAUGGUCACAUCGCAGAUGAGCUGUUUAAGAAAGUGCGAAUCCUGUGCUGGGUGAUGACAGGGCCUAGUAAUCUACAGUCAAAGGCUCGGCAUGUGAAGGCAACGUGGAGUCGUCACUGUAACGUAGUGCUGUUCAUGAGCUCUGAGGAAGACCACAGCUUCCCCACAGUGGGUCUCGGCACAGGAGAAGGCCGUGACCAGCUGUACUGGAAGACUAUUCGUGCCUUCCAUUAUGCUCUGAAGAACCAUGGCGAUGAGGCAGACUGGUUUCUCAAAACUGACGAUGACACGUUCGUCGUUGUGGACAACUUGCGCUGGAUCUUGUCGAACUACACAGCAGAACAGCCCAUAUACUUUGGAAAGAGAUUCAAGCCGUAUGCCAAGCAGGGCUACAUGAGCGGUGGUGCAGGUUAUGUGCUCAGCAAAGAGGCCCUAAGGAGGUUUGUGGAGGGUUUUAGCACUAAAGUGUGCACUCAUACCACCUCAGUGGAGGAUCUAGCGAUGGGUCAGUGUCUGGAGAAAAUGGGGGUGGUGGCAGGGGACUCCAGGGACACACUGCACCGCGAAACCUUCCAUCCUUUCAUUCCUGAACACCAUCUUACAGGAAAGUUCUCUAAAACCUUCUGGUACUGGAACUACUGCUUCUACCCAAUUGUAGAAGGCCCACAGUGCUGCUCUGACCUAGCUGUGUCUUUCCACUAUGUAGACCCUGUGCUAAUGUACACUCUUGAGUACUACACUUACCGUCUCAGGCCUUAUGGCUACCAACACCGCUACCAGCCUCCAGUGCCUGCUGUACUGUCUCUAGCGUCACACACUGGGAAACCCACCACAGAAGCUCUGAGAUUAGAGGAGCGCGUUAAAGAAAAAUCACUUCCAACAUACACCAAGAAUCCCAGAGCUGAGAAAGUGAAGACUACUGGAACAACAAGUCACAAAGUCACAAAUGCUGACCAGGGGAGAAACAUAACCGACAGAAGCACUGCAUGAUUAUGAAUACGAUUGCCUCUUCUUGUGUAAAUCCAAAAUGAACGCAUGACAGAUGUGAACUGUGAACUUGUGUAGCAUUUUGAAUUAUCCAGACUGUGUACUGUGCAAAUGGAGUGGUCAAGUGGUUACAGAAGUUCAAACUUUAACACAGAACAAAUUUGGUCAUUAUUGCUGUUGAUCAAGUAACUUGACUGGUGGCGCCAGUUAUAAAUCAACUGUAAAUCACAUCAAAUAAGUGUUUGCUAUUCAACAGAUUGUUAAUAUGGUACCUGCUAUUUGAAUAAAUUAUUUUGCUGCCUUCUAGUCAGAGUACAGUAAAAGUGUCUGAUUCACAUUGGCUAAAGUACAUGAAGGGCUUCAACAGCUUUGUAUUUCAACAAUGAAACCAAAUGAAAAGCUGAUGAUUCUUUGUGGUUUCUUUAAUAUUUAUUUAUUUAUUUAUUUUUACUUUGAGAGUGCAGAUGGCCUUAUUUUUUUGUCUGUUAUUGUUACAUUACUAAACUGUUUCCUUAAAGACAUACUGUGCUUUAACAAUGUUAAACUGAUAUCCAAAGCACUAACACUCAAAAGUCAAACUUAAAGCAUUAGUCAUUUGUAUUAGGGACAUCAUGUUUCUUCUAGUAUGAUUAAGUUGAUAUCAAGUUACAAUGAAUAGAAGUUGGAUGUACAUAAUUAUAUAUGCAGUUGGUCAUGAAGCUUCUGUGUUUUGGCAAAUGUAGCAAAUUAUUACUAUGUACAGUAUUUUGUGGGGGUCACUAUUUUAUGUUGUUUUAAACAUUUGACUAAUAAACCAUUUUGAGAUCA